UUUUUUUACAUAUAUUUACAUUAUACAUUAAUUUGUCUUCGCUUUUCAUGUCACUUGCAAGUAAAUAAUGGCUUGUUCGUCUUCAGCGACUAGCGUACAUAAAUAUUUCUGUUUAGUAAUAUCAAAAUAUUGAUGAACUCCGAGCGUCUGAGAAAGUUUGAACUUAUGGAAAACUCGUUUAUUGUAUUGCAUUUCUAAAGAAAUAUUUCUUCUGGAAGAGUUUGCUGCUUGCUUUAUUGCUGCCUGGCGACUUACUAGUGAAGUUUUUAGCAUUUUUCUUUUCAAAUUUUAACUUCAAAUGGCUGAUAGUUUAUAUAGUGAAGCUCAGAAUUCAUCUUCAAAAGAUGAGGAUAAUAAUUCAAAAGACGAUAUUUGUCGGGAUUUUUUACGUAAUGUUUGUCAACGGGGGAAAUUUUGUCGUUUUAAGCAUCCAGAAGGUGAUGAAGCAGAAACAUUGGGCAAAAAGGAAUUAGUUUUUUGCCACGAUUUUCAGAAUAAAGAGUGUCGACGUCCUAAUUGCAAAUUCGUACAUUGCACUAAACAAGAAGAAGAAAUAUUUCGCACAACUGGCUGUCUUCCGGACACAGUCUUGGAUAUGGGAAAAAGACGUUUGUUACAAAAUACUAAAGUGCCAAUUUGGAAAGAUUAUUUGAAAGGAGAAUGCCGUCGUGCCGGUCACUGUAAAUUUAGACAUUUGUCUGCUUAUGAAUUUCAAGUGGAAAGUAAUCAGAAUAACAAAAUGAGGCGAGAUAGAUGUGACAGCAAUGAUAGAUAUGAUUUUAACGAGUUUGAACCCCAACCUAAGCGUCGGGCAUAUGAAUCGUAUUCUGAUGGACCAUAUGCGUUGGAACGUAGAGCCAUGAUGUCUCCUCAUUAUCGAAUGUUAGAAGAAGAAAACGCCAUGCUGCUACAUAAAAUUGAGGAGUUGAAGAAACAAGUUGUAGACUUGACUGCUACAAAUGAAUUUUUAUUGGACCAGAAUGCUCAGUUGAGAGUAAGCAAACAAACUUUAGUAUCCCCUAUAUCCCAGCAACUUAUACCCCAUACCUUAACCCCUACAAUCCCUUCCUUGCCUCCUCCAUCAAUUACUCAAUUGUCUCAGAUACCAUUGAGCACAGAUCUUGGCGCAGCAUCGUUAGCUCCUGAUUUGGCUUUAGGCCAAGGUAUUGCACCAGUAUCGAUAGCACCAUCACAAGUGACAUUGCCAACAAUUUCUGCUGCAUCUCUUUCACAGAGUUUGCCGCAGACUAUCAUCACAUCAACUGCCCUUAUAUCAUAUCCGAUCAUGACUCAGAGUAUGAGACCCGUUAUUCCUCAUAGUUUAGGCUAGUGUGGUUGUUUUGAAAUAUGUUAUUUUUUAUUUUAGAAAUCAGAGAUGUUUACUUAAAAAUAAAACUGUUUUUUUUUCUACUUAUGGUCAGUGGUCGAGAAGUGCAUUAUGAUGGAUGUGCAUGUACAUUUCUCUUAUUAUUAACAGUCAUUUUAAACCAAUUAUUAUUAAACUGAAGUGAUUGAAUUAAAGCCAAUUAAAUGCAUUGGCAAAUAUCGAAAACUACAAGUGUGCUUGUGUCAAAAUUUCAAAAAAUCUGUUUAGGGCAAGAAAUAAAGCUGUGCAAGGAAAAAUGCAAGACCUAUACACAAUUUUUUUAAAUUGUAUUAAAAGACGUAAACUUAAAAAAAAAAAACACAUAAAAAAGAAGUUGAUAAAUUUUCAAAAAAUACCGAAAGGGAUCAGGGAUGUAUUUGAAGCCUAAAAGAAACAGAACAAACUAUACAAAUUACAUAAACUUGUGCAAAACUAAGAAAACCAGAAUAGUUGAAAUUUAGUUCAUGAUUUAACUUCUGCCUUUUUCAAACUUAAGUUUAAAAUUCCUUUUUCUGACUUAUAUUUUGUAUUUUAAUGUUUUUGAAAUAAAUUAUCCAUGCCUCUUUUUACAACAUUUUCACAGGUUUUUGAAAGUUCUGAAGAUCUUGUUUUUUAGUUGACUUUUCUGGAUCUUUAUCUUUCAGAUAAUUUUAAUUAAUUUUAUGUGUAAUGGUUUUGCUGUUUUCCUCUUACAGCUCUAUUUCUCAUUCUAUAACUCUUAGUAAUGUAUAUGUUAGUUUCAUUUUGAACAUGCUUUAAACAUUAAUACAUUUACUGAUGUUUAAUUAUUAUUAUUAACUAGCAAUAGUAAUGACAAACUUUCAUAUGAAUUUUAUUGAUGCAGAUAUAGUGGUGAUGUUAUGUGGAUGUACUAUCGCAUUCUAGUUUCUAUGUACCAAACAAUUUUGUAUAAGCUUUAAUCUAUUUAAAUAUUUUACUUGAUACAAAUUUGUAUUUAGAAGUUUAUUUGAACAUUCCACAACAUACAAAUCAGUUUGGGUUAAUAUAUGGAUUCCUCACUUGCCAAAUCGAUUAACUCCAUAAAACAAAAAGUAGAGAAAAGUUAUGAAGAAGAUGGUGUUAUAUCCAUAGGAGUAAAUAGGACAUUGUGUUACAUUUUUUGCCAUUACAUGGUCAGAUUUGUACUGAACCAAAACUUAAAUAUCAAUUCACAUGCUAAGCAUUAAGCACUACAAAAGCAGAAAUAGUGAUUUUUUUAAAAAGUGGAGUUAAUCAAUUUGGCAACUGAAGCAUCGAUAUAUCACAUAUGUACAGUGAAACUUUGUUUAUGCAUCGUGAAAUAUUGGUUAUGGGUCAUUUCAAGGUAUUUUUGACAUUUAUGUAGAUUCCGUAACGUGACCUUUUUUGCAAUAACUUUUUAAUUUAUUGUUUGAUUAGCAUAUUUUAUUUUGAGAUUUUCCUACCAACACAUCAACUCAAAUCAAAAUAAUUUGUAAAUCAAACAGUAAAUUAAAAAGUUAUGGCAAAAAAAGGUCACGUUACGGACUCUACAUAAAUGUCAGAAAAACUGAAAUGACCCUUAUACGUCAUUACCCUGUUUCUUGGUUUCUAUUAAGGAAAAAAAUUAUCUCAGGUAAUUAUGAAGGUCGAAUAAGGAAGGGGGGGGGAUUCUUUAUUUGUUAAAGUAUUAGGGGUUUAUUUUUCUCAUGAAUUUGAUUUAAUUCAUAAUGCUUAUAAUCAAUGCUCAAAGGCAAUCAGCAUGUUAGAAGACUAUAAAGAUAUAGAAGGUACAAUAAGUGUUCACAAUCUACAAUAAAGGUAUUAUUUUUUUUCACAUAAAAGUUUUACUUAAAAACUUAGUUAAUGUCUUUAGUAUAAAACUAUUACACACCAAUUUAUAUUAGUUGCGUACAAACCUUUAUUAGAAACCUCACAAUUGUUAUAUUUGCAGAAAUUUGCAUCGUUAAUGUGAAACUUAUAAAAGUGAAUUGUCAAUGUUUUGAUUGUAAGUUGUUUAUGUCGUUUCAUGUCAGUCGGUUGAAAAGAAGUAUGAACAAUCCUUUACCAUAUAUACACACAGUCGGCUCUCAAUAACUCUAAGUCUCAAGGGACCAGAAGUGCUUGAACACAUAUUUGCAAUUUUUAAAUCCCCGAUUGCCCUUUUUCAUUAGAUGUAUGUGCGUUUGCAGGUCAUUGUUUUAUCAUUCAGCAAAAAUUUGAGUUCCAUUUGGAAAAUUGGAAAUUUCUACCCUCGUAUAAAUUUUAGUUUGGGGCCCCCCCCUGCUAGGAAUCAACUAAAAUAUUUGCAAUAUGGAAAGUUCCCACAGCUUUCUCAAGAGAGGGAAUAUUUGAGUAAUAAGGCUAUGAGUUAUUGCGAAUUGAAUGUUAUAUACAGUUGACACUCAAUAUGAUGAGCUCUUCAAGACCACAAAGAGUGUCAAUAGAAUUGAAUACCAUUGUUUUAAUAAAAGAAAUUUUGUAACUGCUAAGCUGAUUGUAAAGUAUUGAGUGUUUGUAAAUUAGAGGUUCAGAAAAUUGAGCGUCAACCUCAUAUUAUGUACACAUCAAGGUGAAUUAGUUCAGGAACGCACCAAGCAUAUACAAGCAUUUUUGCAUACUUGGGACAAAAAUCUAAUUCUCCAUAUGUGUUGUAUGAAAUAGUUCAAUAAA